GCUCAAUUGCUCCAUCAACACGCAUGGUGAGAAGCGAGGACGUGUUGGUGAAACGGUAAAUAUGCAUCGUUGUCGGAGAUAAGCAGGGGUUUUAUCAUUAUCUCCAGUUAUGAAAUAAUUGCCCCUCACCUUGCCCCUCACCUGUGGAGAUAUACAAAAGGAUGUGAGCUCGCUUCUUGAGAACAAAUUAAGUUACACCUCGUCUUCCAGACCAUACUGUCAUCUCAUCACCUCCCACUUUAAGGAUCUAAAGUACGGAUUCAGCAAAAUGGCACCAAAGACAACCAUGAAGGUGGUCUUCGGCUCGAUGACAAUUGGAAAACCCGGUAAGUCCCUCACUUGCGUCCUAGACUUCCAAUCCUAAUUCUCAAAUAGACACCCUCGGAGCCCGAGUCCACACCGCCGAAGAAGGAGCCAAAAUCAUCGACACAUUCCAAGCCCACGGCCACAAAGAAAUCGACACCGCCCGCAUUUACGGAAAUGGCACCACCGAAGAACUCCUCGCCGCAAUCGACUGGCAAAAGCGUGGCAUCGCAAUGGCGACCAAGCUCUAUCCCAACGGCGCAUCCGCCUUCUCCUUCAAAGCAGGUGCUCUUUCGUACACACACACCCCGGAAGAUGUGCAUCGAGGAUUCGAGGACAGUGUCAAGGCGCUGGGAUGUGAGAAGAUUGAUAUGUUCUACCUCCAUGGCCCCGAUCGCACUCAUCCGUUUGAAGACACACUCAGAGCGGUCAAUGAGUUGUAUGUUGCGGGCAAAUUUAAGAGAUGGGGUGUUAGUAACUACCAAUCGUGGGAAGUGGCGAAGAUGUGUGAGAUCUGUGAGAAGAACGGGUGGGUGAAGCCGGUUGCGUAUCAGGGUGUAUACCAUGCUCUCCAACGACGCACUGAAGACGAGUUAUUCCCCUGUCUUCGUCACUAUGGAAUCUCGUUCUAUGCAUUCCAGCCGCUGGCUGGGGGUUUCUUGACGGGUCGCUACACGAGAGAUAUGGAAGCGGAUUCUAUUGAGAAGGGAUCUAGAUUCGAUAAGAAUACCGUUCAGGGAGCGAUGACUCGAUCAAGAUACUGGCAUGAUGAGUAUUUUGAUGCGUUGGAUAUCCUUAAGGCUGCGGCGGAUAAACAUCAACUUACUCUUGGUGAGGUUGCGUUGAGGUGGAUGGAGCAUCAUUCGAUGAUGAAGCCGGAGUAUGGGGAUGCGAUUAUUGUUGGUGCGUCGAGUGUUAAGCAUCUUGAGGAUAACUUGACGGAUUUGGAGAAGGGACCGUUGCCUGAAGAUAUUUUGGUGGCUUUGGAGGAGGGUUGGAAGAAGGUUAGGGGUAUUGCUCCUAAGUACUGGCACUGA